AUGUCGGUUUUUCAAGCCAAAUGCCGCACCUUAAAUGAAGCUUCCAUGUCAGAAAGACAUGAAGAAUGGAUGGCUCUGUUUGGACGCACGUAUAAGAAUGAUGCGGAGAAGGAAAAACGUUUCUUGAUAUUCAAGGACAAUGUGGAGUUAAUAGAGUCUUUUAACAAGGUAGGAAAUCGGCCUUACAAGCUAAAUAUCAAUGAAUAUGCGGACCAAACCAUUGAAGAAUUCCAAGCAUCUCGCAAUGGAUACAAAAGGCCAUUUAGUCGCCCAUCUACUCAAAAGCCAUCUAGAUAUGAGAAUGUGAGCGAACUUCCAUCCAGCAUAGACUGGACAAAGAAAGGAGGUGUCACUCCAGUCACGGACCAGAAUCAAUGUGGUAAUUCAAGUAUAAAUCUAGAUGAUGUUGGGCGUUUUCUGCAGUGGCUGCGGUGGAGGGUAUUACCCAGCAAACAACAGGGAAAUUGA